AUGGCAGAACUGGGGAGCCAUAGAUGGGAGUCGGGCCGGAUAAAGCGCCUUACAGGGUUGAGAGAUGUUAACUUGAAUUUGUGGGAGGAAGUUUUGUGUAUCGUGAUAUUUCGGACCAUCUAUUAUUCCGAGGUAAUCACGUGCGGUGGAGGGCCGCCUGGGCAACUAGUGCCCAACACCCCCCCACGCGCCAACGUGGUGAUGUGUUCCUACGAAUCUUCCAUGCUAGCUAUCUCAACUUGGAUCAUCCCAAAAUCAUGCUACAUACAGAAAUUUAAUCAUUCUCACUGUUAUCAGUGA